GCCGCUGCCGCCGCCGGGUCUAGCGCGCUCCUCCAUGUGUGACCGGAUCGCGUUCAUUAAAUCGAUCGGGGACGGUGGUCGCAUGCCGGCGAUGAACUCCAGCUAAUAACAAGGUGGAUGAAGAGGGCGGCAUUGCGGCCCGUUCACAUCCAUCUGCUGGUUGGUGUGCACCGUCACCGUUCAUAGACAUUGCCACCAGACAAAAUGUCGUCGAAACUGCCAUCGUUUGUACUCAAAUGACAAUAACUAGAAUAAAGUGUGGGAGCGCUCAUGAGACAGUCGUGUCAUCGUCUUCUUGAGCACCAACAAGCCGGCGGGGACGAACCCCCGCUUUUCUCACCAAUCGAUCAAAUUUCAGUGGUACCUGAACAUGUGGCCCGGGAGGCCGGCGGCAAGCUGACACGAUAUGCGCCGACGGAGGAGGACGAGGCGACACUCAGGGAACUUCUACUUAGCCUUCAGAGACAGGUGAGCGUGAUGAGCAUGAAUCUGUCAGCGAAGCUGGACGAGCUGCAGCGCGGCGACCGUCAGCUGGAGACGACGGUCGCGCUCUGUGAGAUCCGCACGCAGCUGCAGGAACUCACUAAGAGCGUUGAGUCAUGCCAAAGCGAAGUCUCAGAGGUUAAACGCGACAUGGUUGCCAUCAAGCAGGAGUUGGAUACGGUGCAGCAAGUCAAAGAAGAGAUCGAAGAGCUGCGGGAGUAUGUAGACAGACUGGAGGAACAUUCCCAAAGGAGGAAGCUGAGACUUCUCGAACAGGGUCUCACGUUUUUCUUGUCGUACGCCAUCUUAGCGGCGGUCCUCGGCAUGUUGCAGUUUGGCUACAACACCGGUGUUAUCAACGCUCCCGGCAGAAACAUCGAAAACUUCAUGAAAGACGUAUACAAGGAUCGCUACGGCAAAGAUAUACAAGACGAUGCUGUGAACACAUUGUAUUCGAUAGCGGUUAGCAUCUUUGCUAUCGGCGGAAUGCUUGGCGGUUUCUCUGGCGGAAUGAUUGCAAACAGAUUCGGAAGGAAGGGAGGUCUACUGCUCAACAAUAUCCUCGGCAUCAGUGGCGCAAGUCUCAUGGGUUUCACCAAAAUCUCUCACUGUUACGAAAUGCUGUUCUUCGGAAGAUUCAUAAUAGGCGUCAAUUGCGGUCUGAACACUUCACUAGUGCCAAUGUACAUAUCGGAGAUAGCACCGCUGAACUUGCGCGGCGGACUGGGCACCGUCAACCAGUUGGCGGUCACCGUGGGUCUUCUGCUUUCACAGGUGCUGGGCAUCGAACAGAUCCUCGGCACCGAUGAUGGGUGGCCCAUACUGCUCGGUCUGGCGGUCUGUCCUGCUAUUCUACAACUAUUGCUCUUGCCCGCCUGCCCCGAAUCGCCUCGUUAUCUGCUGAUUACCCGUCAAUGGGAAGAAGAGGCACGAAGGGCACUGCGGAGAUUGCGCGCCAGCAAUCAGGUGGAAGAGGAUAUUGAGGAGAUGCGGGCGGAGGAGCGAGCGCAGCAGGCGGAAGCCUCCAUAUCGAUGAGGGAACUGCUUUGCUCCCCCACGCUUCGAGCGCCGUUGCUUAUCGGGGUCGUCAUGCAACUCUCUCAGCAACUCAGCGGAAUUAAUGCGGUUUUCUAUUAUUCAACUUCGCUGUUCACAUCCUCUGGUCUAACGGAGGAGUCUGCAAAGUUCGCAACGAUGGGUAUUGGUGCGAUCAUGGUGGGCAUGACGCUCGUAUCUCUGCCGCUCAUGGACCGGACCGGCCGCCGUACACUGCACCUCUACGGCCUCGGAGGAAUGUUUAUCUUCUCCAUAUUCAUUACCAUCUCUUUCCUUAUAAAGGAGUUCUUCGGGUAUGUGCAGGAGAUGAUAGACUGGAUGAGCUAUCUGUCGGUGGUGUCGACGCUGAGCUUCGUGGUGUUCUUCGCGGUGGGCCCUGGAUCCAUACCCUGGCUCAUCACCGCCGAGCUCUUCUCCCAGGGCCCGCGACCCAGCGCGAUGGCUAUUGCUGUUCUAGUUAAUUGGAUGGCUAACUUUGUCGUCGGAAUAGGUUUUCCAAGCAUGAAGGCCCUUCUGGAAAAUUAUACAUUCCUGCCUUUUAGUGUAUUCCUUGCAAUUUUUUGGAUAUUUACGUACAAAAAAGUUCCUGAAACAAAAAACAAGACCUUCGAAGAGAUUUUGGCACUGUUCCGUAAUUCUAACGGCAGGGACAGUUUUCGGGACAGCCGACUUUAUGGGAGCAUGAUGAAUUGCGUGAACGCGCUCGAGCAGCAGUUGCCACCGCCGCCGCCGCCCGCGCCCCUUGACGAGAAACACGACUCACUGUCGGAGCAGUCGUCGGGAGCCGGGGAGGGUGGACGGGCGCCGCCCCCGCUGCCCCCGCCGCGCUUCCCCACCCCCGGCAACGUCUGACAAUGGGAGAUAGCUGCGCGUGCGCCGGCGCCGCUGGUCGCCCCCAUCAAGGCCGCCGCCAACUUCUUGUUUCAUGGACUCAAGCGACAAGCCGUGGGCCGCUCUAUCACUACCACACAACAAAUGUUCUAAAUCGAUGUGAUUAGGUAUUAUAACGAAACUUAAUUAUAAGUCACGGAGUAAAAAUUUACAUAUAUAUAGGUUCUUUAGUCGUCAUUUUAUGACAUAAUUUAUGAAAUGCCUAGGUACCGUGUAAAGUGCCAUUGGUUUCUUGUACCCGUUUUCAUUAGGUCUUCAUGAAAUUUUAUUAAAAAAUAUAAGAAUUAACUGAACAAAAUUGAAAAAAAUUAAAGAGGGGACAGAGAGCCGGCAUUGUACACCGUUCGUGGACGGGCCGUUGAAUGAUUCUAGCUUUAGAUAUAUAUAAAAGUUAACUGGUAAGUAUUCGAUGGUGAUGAGGAAGAUAUAUUCUAUAUGAUAAAAAUAAAAGUAGAUUUUUAUCGAAUAAAUACUAGGUUACAAUGAUUGCGGAAAAGCGGUGCGCGUGCGAGAUGCGUUAUAACUAACGCACGGGUCAUUUGCCAAUACGUCGGUAAUUAACUUAAAUAUUUAGAUAAUGGCGAGUAUGAUAGGUCAGGAUCCCACGGCGGGCAGUUGGGACGUCAUUUCCGUAAAGCUGGGACUUUUUCAGCAGAAAUAUGAUUAGGAAC